AUGCCUUCCUCCAAGCAAGUUCUAGCAGUGGUCUUGACCUCCUGGGCUCUUGGCCCCGGCGUAGCAGCUAUUCCUCAAUAUCCAGGAAUCCCUGCAGGAGGCUCUGGGGCGCUAUCCACAACAGGAACUAAGUCUUCGAGUCCUGUGUCUGCAUCUCAAGGAGGAAACUCCACCUCCAGCACGCCCAUUUCCUCUUCUCAGAGUGUCGUGCAUCCAUCUCACUCAGCUACAUCGAGUACCAUACCUCCAUAUGAAGACGGAGACCAUUGGGAUGCUCAUCCAAUCCACCCAUUUUCCCCAGCUAUCUCAUUGACGGCUACACCCACGUCGUCCGAGGCUGCUCAUGUUCCCCCUGGAGUGGUGUCUUCCUCCUCUGAAGCUGUUAUACCUCCACCACACCCAUUCCAUUCUGUGCCGCACGACAGCGUCCAGGAAACACCUACACCUCACGAUGGUGCUCCCGAGCAUAUCCCACGUCCUCCUCUUUCCAGCAGCAGCAGCAGAAUUCACAUUCCCUCGUCAGGAGGCGUCGUGCACCCCACUCACUCCCUCCCAUCCAGCGUUGCCAAUUCGACACCCAGCAAGAUCACACCUCCCGACAGUAGUUCUGCGAAGAUCCUGCCUGAUCCCACGCCUUGGCCGAAAGAAAGCGAGCCUGCAUGCCCUUCUGUGCAGUGUCCCCCCUGUCCCUCAGUGGACACGGUCACUGUAAUCGUGAGCGGCUUCAGCUCCAGCACGAGCAGCAGCAGCAGUAGCACCAGCAUCAGCCGAAUUACAGUACACCCCCUCGCCCUGAGACAUGUCUUAACCAACCACAGCAGCGGUGUGCUACCAGCCAGCGUCACCCCAAGCGUGACUCCAAGCGCGACACCCAGCAACACCUACGACGAAGUGGAGGCCGAAGAGGAGGAGGAAGAGGAAGAAGAAGACAUCUUGAUCUGCGUUCUCCCCGAAGACCUCCCCAUCUGCAUCCCGGCAUCCUCCUCCACUGCGCCAGUACAGACCCCGCCGAGCAGCGGGAUACUCUCCAUCCUCUCCACCGCCAACCGGGAAGGCAUCAUUUCCGGGCCCCGUCCCAGCCCUACGAUCACAAGCGGUGGUGGUAUCGAGACGAAAUCCCCGCGGCCAACACGCACAAUCACCACGCGCACUCGCACACGUACUCGCAGCCGCACCCGCACCAUUCGACCAUCACAGACAACACUCUCGAAGAUCCCUUCAUCCAGCACCAGCAGCGCCAAUGUGAGCAUCCUCCCAAUUCAUCCAUUCCCCGGGCCCGCACCAAUACCCACCUCCCUACCCCGUCCACCACCUGCAAUGUCACUGUCGCCCUCCUUCCCAAUUCCCACCUCCUUCCCCAUCCCCACAACAAUUCCCUUCCCCUUCGCCAUGCCCCAUUUCCCACCAGAAGUCGAGCAGGAAGAGGAAGAGUCAUCCUCGUCCUCUCAAACGCCCACACACAUCUCCUCCACCACCGUGACGGGGUCAUUCUUCUCCCCAACUCCUACUCCUUCAAGGAAAUCCUCCUCUGUCUCUUCAUCAUCGUCAUCAUUACCAUCCCGUCCCUCACAGCCACUACCUCACUCCCCAGCCCCAGCCCCAGCCCCAGCGGCAGCGGCAGCCCCAGCAGCCCCAGCGGGCGAUCUACCCGCACGCCACCACGAGUUCCGAUUCCCGAUGAUUCGGCGGGAUUUUCGAGGAUUCUUGAUUUAA